AUGUAUGGCGCAGCGUCCAUGAGGUUACAGGCGGCCGAAAUCCGCCCGGAUCAAGAAUCAUACAUGAAUCAAUAUGUCCCAAAUCCUGAGAUCACAGUGCAGGGGCAAGAUAUCCUUCUAUCUGAACCGACUGAACUAUCUGGACCUCCUACGAAGAGACUGCGCAUCACACACAAGGCUUACGAAACAGCUUCAGCGUCAAUUGCGUUGGGAAAUCUAGAAUACAACAACCCCAAAUCGCAGAGUUUCUUAUCUGAUGGAUCCCAUUUUGUUGGUUCAGCAGAGAGGUUGUAUGCUGUUGGCAGCAGUAGUACCCCGAAUGAGUCGAUAACCUCAACCGAUUUGACAUCUUCCUUUGAAUUAAAAGCAUCUGUGUCACCUCCCCCCGAUCCCCUACCGUCUCACCCUACGCGGUCUACGCGGUCAAUUACCUUUGGACCGAACGUGUUGGACAGUGGGAAAGUUGAUUUGUCUAAAUGUCGACCUCGAUCGUCCAUCCCAUCUAAAAUCCACCCUUCUGUUUACGGCGAGCAGUGUGUUAGAGCAGCGUAUGCAUCACGGCUGAACCCGUAUGCUCUCCACCGACAAGAACAAGAUUUCUUACAAGACCACCUUUGUCACGUUCACGUGACAAUUUAUCUCAACAUACGAAAUGGAAUACUGCUACUCUGGGGGAGAAAUCCCAUGGUGGCUGUCACCAGGGAAGAAGCGCUCGGGUGUGCCAAAGAUUACCGUUGGAUGAACCUGGCUUGCUUUGCUUACGACUGGCUCGCACGAAAUGGCUACAUCAAUCAUGGUUGCAUGGAUGCUCCACUGGCCCCGGUGAAACCCAAACGUGGAAGACGAAAAGAAGGUCCUACAAUUGUUAUAAUCGGUGCUGGAAUGGCAGGUCUUGGAUGUGCACGUCAAUUGGAGAGUCUUUUUCGCCAGUAUCGUGAUUCUAGUGCCUUGCCACGAGUCAUCCUCCUCGAGGGACGUCGAAGAGUCGGUGGACGCAUUUAUUCACAUCCGUUGCACAGUCUAACGUCUGAAAGCCUACCUGAUGGUCUUGUUCCAAAGGCGGAAAUGGGUGCUCAGAUCAUUGUCGGCUUCGAUCAUGGCAACCCGCUGGACCAGAUCGUUCGUGGCCAGCUGUCACUUCACUAUCACAAGAUACGGGAUGUGUCGACGAUUUACGAUGUUGAUGGAUCACCUGUGAACGAGAUUCAAGACGCGAUGGCAGAAAAGCUCUACAAUGACUUGCUCGAUCGAACCGGAUUCUAUCGUCACAAAGCAAAGAUCGUGCCUACCGCACAGGGAAACCGCGAGAUGAUCGAUGCUGGUCGCGAAUCGGCGGUGGAUGACGGACUCACUGUGCGACAGUACGAAGAGGCGAGGGCAGCUGGGACAAUAGAUCUAUUGGUCCCCACAAAGCGAGUCCGACGAGGAAUAAAGCACAAGACUGCGGAAAAUGAGCCAUCCGUUGAUGUGGCGAGUGAUCUGGCGGGGAAUUCGGAAGAUGACCCGGCAGCAUUGACCUGCCAGACAACUGGGUGGAAGCUUAACCCAGGAUACACCGUUAAUAACACUAUUGAACUGGGCCAGAUUGCCAAGGCAUCUCAGGCGCAGACACUAGGUGCUGUGAUGGACGAGGGUGUCAAACAAUAUCGAGACAUGCUCCCAGUGACAACGAAGGACAUGCGGUUGAUGAAUUGGCAUUUCGCCAACCUCGAAUAUGCCAAUGCAACUAAUGUGAACAGACUUAGCCUAUCGGGAUGGGACCAGGACAUCGGAAACGAGUUCGAGGGAGAACAUUCCCAAGUCAUUGGUGGCUACCAGCAACUACCCUACGGGCUGUACAUGCUGCCAGAGAAGCUCGACGUCCGCACUGGCAAGAUUGUCACGAAUAUCUCUUACGACACAACUGAAUCUAACAAGAAACAGAAUGCAGUUGUUCAGUGCGAGGAUGGAGAAAAGUUCCUGGCAGAUCAUGUCGUCUUCACCGGUUCCCUCGGUGUCCUGAAGCAGCAGAAAAUCAAGUUCGAGCCUCCUCUUCCGGACUGGAAGCGUGGCGCAAUUGACAGACUGGGAUUCGGAAUAAUGAACAAGGUCAUUUUAGUGUUCGAAGAGCCAUUCUGGGACACCAAGCGAGAUAUGUUUGGCCUACUUCGGGAGCCCAAUAACCCUGCUUCCAUGGUCCAAGAAGACUAUGCAGCAAACCGCGGUCGAUUCUAUCUAUUCUGGAAUGCCAUGAAGACUACUGGACUCCCAUGCUUGAUUGCCCUCAUGGCUGGUGAUGCAGCCCACCAAGCAGAAUCUACAAGUGACGACGAAAUAAUUACGGAGGUCACUGGCCAACUCAGAAACGUCUUCAAACACACUACAGUUUCCGAUCCUCUGGAGACUAUCAUCACCCGUUGGGGCCAGGACCCAUUCACAUACGGCAGCUACUCCUAUGUGGCCGCAGAGGCUUUUCCAGACGACUACGACCUAAUGGCCCGGUCUAUCGGCAAUCUCCACUUCGCCGGCGAGGCCACCUGCGGCACCCAUCCAGCAACCGUUCAUGGAGCAUACCUCUCAGGUCUUCGCGCAGCAUCAGAGAUAAUCGAGCCGAUAUCCGGACCCAUCAUAAUGCCUCAUCCCCUAGUCCCGGAGAAAUCAAAAGUAACUAGAAGCAAAUCCUCCACGCCAAACGGCGCAAGCACCAAGAAGACAAGAACAAGAGGCAGCUCAUCCCUCUCCUCCACCGAAAGCCCUACAAUCACCCAACAAAAGCCUCCCUCAACCUCCACCUCUCGCAAACCAACCUCAACGGAAAAAUCCCGCCGCGACGCCUACGACCAAGCCCUAUGGACAACCAUCUACGCCGAACUCGGAUCCGCACCACCGCGUCCCGCAAAAUCAGGCCUAAACCCCUUCCUCUUCUACCAAAAGGACUACUGGGCUCGCUGCCGCGACAAAUGCGACGAAGCCCGCCGCGCAGCAUCAAACAACACCAGCGCAAAGGCUCCACGCGACGAUAUCCGCGCUGCAUUAGGCCAGAUGUGGCGCUCUGCAACGCCAGCUGACAAAGCGCCCUACCUCGAGCAGACGGAGAUUAACCGUCGGGCGAAUGCCGAUGCCUGGGAUAAGUGGAAAGCUGAGGUUGCUGAGUGGGAGCGGAAGACUUUCAUCGUCAAGGAUCGCUGGUGUGCGGAGAAUCCGUUUGAUGAUUGGGUAAUGCCGGAGUAUCUUGCUGAGAAUGUGCCGUUGGUGCCUGUACUUGCUACUGCUUUUACAAAUGCUGUCCCUGCUGUCAAGUCCGAGAAAUGA